CGAACCUCCAAGAGGCUUCAAGAUCCUUCCAAGACGGCUCUAAGUGGCCAAAGGGCCUCCAUCCGUAGCCAUUUUGGCUCAAGCCAUUUUAGCAACUUUGGCUUAAGCCUUUCACACCCACACAAGGCGCAUCAGCUUUUUUUUUCCGAACUACAGACACGCGUGAUAAGGUGAACCUAUGGUGUUCAAGGCCAUCUUGCAUUUUCUACUCUUCGCUAACUUCGCCCUGCCCCUGCAGGCUUUGACGCUGGAGAAUGUCGCAGAUGAGGCACUGCUCAGGCGUGCUGGCCAUGGCGCUGCAGCAGAAGAAGCGGGCAGUCACAGUGGCAUGGUAAAACUCCAGGAUCUCAUGGACCAGCACGCUGCGUCGGAGACCUAGCUCCAUGUCCGUGCGGCCGAGACGUGGCGUAGGUAUGCUAACCAGCUCGCCGAAAAUGGAUGCGGCUAUAAAGGGGGUCUGCUGCCAUGCCCCAAUGGCAACAUCUGUUAAUACACAGGACAUGGAGGCUUGAACGUGACGGCCACAGUGGAGUAUCGUGGGAAUACCAGAUGCUGCAGUCGACAUGCCUGAAAUCGUGACGUUUAUGGGGGCUGGCACCAACGAUGCUCCUGCAAUGUUGAUGGACGUACCAGCGGAAUACCGCAGAACAGCGAAUCCUGGGAUGCUGAAGAUGUUCUUCGUGGAGGACACUGAUAAUGUUACUGAGCAGUGCCCUCAUGAUAGUGAGCGCGUGGAGUCCAUGGGGAACAGCACCGCGUCGUACCAGGUUGAGAACAACACGUUCGCAGUUUCAGCGCAAAGCCCAAACACGUUCAUGGGCAUGGCCUUCGAUUUCGUCAGCGAGGCACCUGUGGGUCACACCCUGGCCUUCGAGAUUCCUUCUGGGACGGAGAUCGUCUGGGUGAGCCAUGAAGAGAUGGUCGAGGUGCUCCAAUCGCAGGAGAUGCCAGCUUCCCUCGAGAGGCGCCUAGAGGCGCAGUUACGCAAAGUUUCUUUUGCCAAGGGGAUGGAUGGUGCGCUCACGCAGAAAGGAAGCAGGCGGCGCAGGCGGCGCAGGGCGAGUUGCACAGGUGGACAGAUAGGGGCCAUGGCAGGAGGUGCAGCCGCCGUGGGCGCCGCUUUUUUGGACUGCGCGUUUACUUUCAUAGGUUGCUUCGCGGCGGCGCCGUUCUUGAUGAUGGCCGGGACAACGUCUGUGAUAAGCGGUGGUUGCCAAUGUUGGGCUAGCAGUGAAAGUGGGAAGUGGGCCUGCCGUAUUAAUCGUUGAGGGCGGCGAGGGUUGCGAGGGCGCGGUAGCGGUCUCCAAUUGCAAGUGGCGGGCUAGCUGGCGAUCAUGUUCCUGCUUAAAACCAAAAAUUGCCAAAGGGCCUCCCAAGGACGCCCUGGAGAGGCCAACAACCGUCCAAAACCUACUGGAAACCAAUGCUUUUGAUGGCCUUCUCGCCUUUUCGCUU